GCCCACACGGUGCUCUGGCAGCCCCUGGCACCGUGUUCACCGUCACUUCUCCUUUCAGGGCGGCACCAACCCCGGCACAGCCCGGCGGGAGCCGAGGGCCGAGAGGCCCGUUUCUGGGGCUGCCCCACACGCCCCGUGCCCUGGCUGGCGGGUGCCCGCAGCCCCCGGCCCCGCUGGCGCCGCUCCCCCCGUGACGUCCCAUCCGCGCCCGCUGUGCCGCUGAGCCCACGCGCCGUGCCGCCGGCUCGGGACCCCGCCGCAGCCCGCAGAGGUCCCAUGGCUCUGGGCCGGGCUGUGCUGGUGCUGGUGCUGAGCAGCCUGUGUGUGAGCGGGGCCGUGCUGCCGGAGCCGGGGCAGCACCGUGGAGCGCGGUGGGUGUGGGGGACGGCGCAGGAUGAGCCCCCGCUGCUCGCCCGCAGGAGGAGGGCUGAUGGUGGGCAGCAGCCCGGUGCCACCACCAGCAUCGCUCCAGGGCACAGCCACAUCACCAGUGCCACGAACAACACCGACUCCCCCGAGCCCGACCUGCUGCUGGGCUCUGCACCAGCACCCAGCACCAACAGCAGCCUGCACCGGGCCCUGGCAGCGCCAACCACGGCUGAUCCUGGGGAUGAGACUGAUUCCCCUGAGCCUGACCUGCUGCUGAGCUCUGCACCAGCACCCAGCACCACAUCCAGCCUGCACCGGGCCCUGGCAGCGCCAACCCCGGCUGAUCCUGGGGAUGAGACCGAUUCCCCUGAGCCUGACCUGCUGCUGAGCUCUGCACCAGCACCCAGCACCAACGCCAGCCUGCACCGGGCCCUGGCAGUGCCAACCACCACCAACCCCCUGCAUGAGACUGACUCCCCCGAGCCUGACCUGCUGCUGAGCUCCGUGCCAGCACCCAGCACCACAUCCAGCCUGCACCGGGCCCUGGCAGUGCCAACCACCACCGACCCGCAGGAUGAGACCGACGCUCCCGAGCUGCUGCUGAGCUCAGCAGCGGCGGAGCCCGGCACACGGGCAGCACGGGGCGUGAGCAGCGUCCCCAGCUGGCGGGGCGAGGAAGGGACAGCGUACCCCCCCCCGGCCCCCAGCCCGUCGGGGCACCGGGACGCCUCCCCCGCGCCCACUCCUUCGGCCCCUCGGGACACGCGGCCCGGGGGGACGGCGGUGCCGGUGCCCUGGGACCCCGGCAAGGUGCUGAGCAAGUGCGUGCUGGCCAUCCUGCUGCUGGGGCUGGCGGCCGCCGCCUUCCUGGCGUGCGCGGGGGCGCUGGCGGCGCGGCUGUGGCGCCGGGCGCGGACGGGCCGGCGGCGGCUCAGCCGCACCGAGAUGGUUUGUAUCUCGUCGCUGCUGCCCGACGGCGACGCGGCCGCCAACGGCCCCGGCCCGGCCCGGCGGCACCGGCGGCUGCUGGACGGCGGCCCCGAGGCUGACGGGGACACCCUGACCCUCAGCAGCUUCCUGCCGGAGCACUCGUGAGGGGCUGGCGGCUGCCGGCGGGCACGGUCCGUGCUGCUGCCAGGGGUAUGGGACACCCCUCCCCUCGGGACCCCCAUCCCUCGGGACCCCCAUCCCCUCGGGAGCCCCAUCCCUCGGGACCCCCAUCCCUCGGGACCUCCAUCCCCUCGGGAUCCCCAUCCCCUCCGGACACCCCUCCCCAUGGGACUUCCAUCCCCUCGGGACCCCCAUCCUCUCGGGAGCCCCAUCCCCUCGGGACCUCCAUCCCCUCGGGACCCUCAUCCCUCGGGAUCCCCAUCCCCUCGGGACCCCCAUCCCCUUGGGAGCCCCAUCCCCUUGGGACACCCCUCCCCUCGGGACCCCCAUCCCCUCGGGACCCCCAUCCGCUCAGGACCUCCAUCCCCUCGGGACCCUCAUCCCUCGGGAUCCCCAUCCCCUCGGGACCCCCAUCCCCUUGGGAGCCCCAUCCCCUUGGGACACCCCUCCCCUCGGGACCCCCAUCCCCUCGGGACCCCCAUCCGCUCAGGACCUCCAUCCCCUCGGGACCCCCAUCCCCUCGGGACCCCCGUCCCUCGGGACCCCCAUCCCCUCGGGAUCCCCAUCUUCUCGGGACACCCCUCGGGACCCCCAUCCCCUCGGGACCCCCAUCCCCUCGGGACCGUGUUUUCCCUCGGACUGCUGUGAUGUGGAGCCGCCUCCCCCCGGGGCCGACCCCAUUAAAGCGUGACCUGGGCGCGGUGGUUGGUUCCUGGCCCCCUCCCCAGCCC